GAAGAGUAGAAUUACUCGGCGUUAAAGAAGAACUAGAGUGCUCGCAGGCAUGGGUGAGCGCUAGGAGAAAGGGUGAGCGCGGCAACCUUUCCCCACCUUUCCGGGUAUCCUCGACACUCCGCAUUGCCCAAAGAGGCUGUAACUAAACACCAAAAGAGAGAUAACGUUAGAAAUUGACAACUACCGCUGCUUGAGCGCUGGGCCAAUAAGGGAGCUUGCUGGUGGGGGUCACGUGGGGGAAGUUUAUGUGGAAAGACGGUUGGGAAACCAAGGAAACGGUAAGCGGGAGUGAAGCGGCGGGACUGGGGGCGGGGCCGAGCGCGCGGGGCAGGUGAGGGGCUUUGUGUGGGAGUGUGGACUUGGCUUCGCUUUCUGCCUUCGCUGCUCGCAUCUUACCCGCUGCUCUUGUUUCUCGUCCUCCUUUUUUUUUGUGGUGCCUAAUGGUGGGAUAGAUAGAAGUGGAACAAAUGAAGGUCCCCCGCCCCCCACCAACUGGCUUCCUACUGAGCCGCUGAUUUUUCUGAAGUGAAUGACCGACUUUUGAACGCGGGUCUUCCUUUCGGAUAUGUGAAUGGUGAGUCCAAGAAAACCUGAUUAUUUGCAGAAAGUUCUCACUUUUAUUACAGCUAGAAGACUUCCUUCCUACACUCUGGAUCAUAGUUCAGUACAUAACUGAAAAUGAUUGAUUCUGUCAAAGUAAGGAGACAGUGCAGUAUGGAUUUUUAUGCUCAUUAUGAGCAGCUCUGUGCUUUAGAAGGCUGUGCCCCUUUAACAUCUGUGAAAGCCAAAAAACUUCAUAAUAUUCUUGAUAUCAAUGCGGAUCGUAUUAAAGCUGCUGAUUGGAUACCUCUACUACGUGCGGUCAGACAUAACAAGACUUUAACUUUUAUUGCAAUAAAGAGCUGUCACCAUCAGGGGCCUGGGGACUCAGGUCUUGAAAAACAGGGAACAGGUAUAAGAAGAAGAAUUCCAGCCAUUCGAUCCAAAGACUUAACUGGACAAUUAUGUAAAGCUAUCAAAGGUUGUCUGAUGGUAUCAAAGGCCCUGGGAAAUCUAGAACUACAUGGGUUGCUUUUGAGGGAAAAGGACUUAAUAUUAUUGACAAAAGGGUUGGCUGAUACAUCAUCUUUGGAGAAACUAUCUUUAGCCCACUCACCAAUAGGUGAUGGAGGUUUGGAAAUAAUUUGUCAGAGUGUGAAGAAUUCAGCUUGCAUCAAAUCUAUAGAUUUUACAGGAUGCAGUUUAACCUGGCGAGGAACAGAACACAUAUCCAGCAUCCUGAAACAUCAGGCAAUAAAAAGACAUGGUGAAGCUUGGGCUGAAAGUCUCCGCUAUAGGAGACCUGAUUUUGAUUGUAUGGCUGGCUUGAGGCGCAUCACACUAAACUGCAAUACUCUUAUUGGUGAUCGAGGUGCUGCUGUUUUAGCUGAUUGCCUUGCAGAAGAUCUGUGGCUAAAAGCACUUGAUUUGCAGCAAUGUGGAAUUAGCAGUGAAGGGGCGAAAUCUCUUUUGGAUGCAUUUAAAUCUAACACAACAUUGGUAGUUUUGGACAUCAGAAAAAAUCCAUUAGUAGAUCAUGCAUUAAUGAAGAAAAUAAUUGAAAAAGUUCUCGUGAAUGCCAAUGACACUAACUUAGAGUACAAGUGGCUUCCUUCUCCACUUUCAAAAGAUGUUAAAAACAAACAUAAAAAAAGAACAGUAGUCUUGGGAAAUGGCAGAAAAGGAAAAGCUACUAUACGUAUUGGAUUUUCAUCAAAAAAAUCACCCAGUUCUGGUAAGACAAUGUCAUGGGAUCAAGACAGUUAUGCUCCAAAGCCAUUACCCCCAGGGACACAUGGCUUCCUGCCCUGGCGUACUGCUGAACGUGCAAAGCACCAUAGGGCUUCAUCAGCAAAAAAUACCCAUGAAUUUCCAUUGCAGAUACAGACAGGUAUUCCUGUGACAGUGACUGUAGAAAGUGGUUCUGCAUCUGAAACUGAGACAGAGGGUGCUAUGGACAAUGUGAUUUGCAGAAAGGAUGCCACAGAACCCUCCAAAUUUACCAAUUUAAAACAAUGGCAUCAGUUACAGAUGGAGUAUGAAGAAUGUCACUUAAGACUAAAAGAAGAACGAAAAGCAAGAAUGAUUGCUGAAGAACGGAUAAUGGAGUUGGAAUUGGAAAAUACUCAAUUACGGAAUAUGAAUUGCUCUCUCUCAGAAGUUGUCCAUGCACAGUCAGUAGCCAGCACAAUACUAGAAGACGAAGGAGUGCUUGGUAGCAUUGAGAAUUCUUUCCAAAAAUUUCAUGCUUUUUUAGAUCUUCUUAAAGAUGCUGGUCUUGGACAGCUUGCAACAAUGGCUGGUAUAGAUCAAUCAGAUUUUGGCGUAUUACAUCAUCCCCAAAUGACUUCUACUGUAAAGCCAACUGUGAUAGAAAGGGAGAAAUCAUUUGAAGAAGAAAGACAAGAACACAUGCAGAAUUUCAAAACUGCUGGCUCUACUUCUUUUCUGAGUCCUGUCACUUUCCAGAAAGACUUUGAUUCAUGUCAAGCAAUAAAUAGUGACCUACCUGCAACAGUAAAAACUCAAGACCUUCAAGGUGUUGGUUCAUCUCAGAAAAGCUUGUGGCAAGACAUUGAAGCUAAAAUAGAUAGUUGGAGAAUGGAAGAUCAUGAAUCAAAACCCGCCCAGACAGCUUCUGAGAAGAACAGCCAACCUCUAGAAUUGGAAACAAGGGAUUCCUCUGUGAGGCAAAUACUUAAUGCUCAACUUUCAGUCUCUGAACCUGUUACCAAUGUGCUUGGAAACAAAUUUGGUCUUCCUUUUGUUGAAAAUAGUAAAGUUUCCUCUAAAAAACUUUCUUACACCACUGGCUUUACUACAGAAGAUAAAAAUCAACAACAAUCUGAGCUUUCUAGAAGUGACAGAGUGGAGUCUGAUUCUGAAAUACAAGAAAGCAUCCAUUCUGUAGGAAGUGCUUGAGGAAUCCAUUGGAUUGUUCUCUGAAAUCAGUUUACUGCAAAAGUAGAGAGAAGCAGUGACCAGAUGCUGGUGAACAACAAUUCCAGCAUCCCAUAUGAUUGGUCAUAUUGGUUGGAACUGCUGAGAGUUGUAACUUAGCAACAAUCUGGAACAUCAGAAUUUCCUCACUUUUUCAUGUAAGGAUUUGCUUUUUUAUAUCUACCUUUUUGCCACGUGAGUCUUUAAGAAUUUUGUUGUCAGUAUACAAAAAGAUUGAUUGUGCAUUUUGGUUUUUAUAUAGUUUUAUAAAGAAUCUGGUGUGAUUCAAAUUCUCAUUUAUAAUUAUAAUGUGAAUAAAGUUUUUACAUGAUUC